AUGAAAAAUUUUACGCAAAUAAUUUUAAAACCGGAAAAUAGUCGUAUAAAAUUACGAUGGUUAUAUAAGAAAAAGUUUUAUUCAACUCAAACUGAUUUUUAUAUCAAAGACAAUAGUAAUAAAUUACCCAAAUCGAAUAAGGUACUUACCAGUACCAUUUUAAAAACAGAAGAAGAGGAAAGAAAAGUAAUUAAAAAAAAAUGUGUUGAUGAAAAUGUAAACGAAGUUGAAAAUAAACCUUCAAGUAGAAUCAAUGAAUUAAAUAUUCAAAUGUUAUCUGACAAUUUACACGGCCAAAUAUUUAAAGAUGGUAACUUGUCUUCAUCUGACAACAAUAUAUUAAUAAAAAAUUCAAAAAAAUUAUUAAAGCAACACGGUCUUUGGACAAAUGACAUAAAAUUACUUGAAGAUGUUGAAUUAGACUUGCCUCCUCUUAAGGGGAAAAACAUUGAAGAACAUUUUUGGAUAUUAGGAGAAGAACAAUCUAAACCUUAUAGAAAUCUUUUAUUGAAUUUUAUAUCGAAAAAACUUCCAAAAUCACCAGAUAAAUGGCUUUGUCAAAAAGGAUGGACCAAGUAUGAGGAAGGUAAAGAACCUGUUCAAGUGCAGUUUCCAGAUGAAGAUGCUUUAAUCGUAGAUGUAGAAGUUUGCGUUAGUGUCGGAAACUUACCAACUUUGGCAACUGCUGUAUCUGAAAAUGCAUGGUAUGGUUGGGUUAAUUCUGAUUUAGCAGAAGGAAUUGAUUCUCUUCCUACCCAAUUUUACACUGCCGAAAAACUAAUUCCGUUGGGAGACAAAAAUAAAACGAAUCCUGCUAUAGUAGUCGGUCAUAAUGUGUCAUAUGACAGAUCUAAAAUAAAAGAACAAUAUUCUUUUGAAAGCAAUGCUGUGAGAUUUUUAGACACAAUGGCAAUUCACACUUGUAUUGGAGGAAUUAAUAAAAAUCAGACAAAGGACUUAAACGAAACAAGUAUUUUUAACGAUUCGUCUGAAGUAUUCUGUUUAAUUAGUUUAAGAGACAUGUAUAAAUUAUAUUGUGGACGGGAAAUCUCGAAAACUGAAAGAGAUGUUUUUGUCAAGGGUUCAAUAUUGGAUAUAAAAAAUGAUUUUGAAAAUUUAAUGAGUUACUGUUCAAAAGAUACAAUUGCAACAUUUGAAAUUCUUCAGAAAAUUUUUCCUAUUUUUCUUAACAGAUUUCCACAUCCGGUAACAUUGGCUGGAAUGUUAGAAAUGAGUGUAGCUUUUUUACCAGUGACAAGUAAUUGGAAAAAAUUUAUUUUAGAAGCAGAUCAAACUUAUGAAGAUUUAAAAAACGAAAUGAGUUUAAUACUUUCGAGGAAAAGCGAUUUGGCUUGUAGAUUGUUUCACAAUGAUGAAUUUAAAAAAGAUUUGUGGUUGUGGGAUGAAAAUUGGUCGAUUCAAAAUUUAAAAUUGACAAAAAAGAAAGUUCCAAACAAUAAUGAGACUAAUGUAAAAGUUACUGCAAAAGAAGAUGCUUUAAAUGAAAAGUUUCAAUAUUUAUUUGACUUGGGAAAAAUAUUACCGAAAAACAAACCAUUUUUACCUGGAUAUCCAAUGUGGUAUAGAAAAUUAUGCGAAAAGACUGAUUCAAAUGUACAUUUAACAACCAGCAUGUUAGUCACUCCAAAAUUGUUAAAUUUAACAUGGGAAAAUUUUCCACUGUAUCAUUCGAAAAAACACGGUUGGGGAAUAUUGGUAGCUGAUAUAUUUGCUGAAAAUGUAAAUACUCUUUUACCAUUUGAAAAACUAAAAGAAAUUACUUUGAAAUCAUUUGAUAUUCCAUUAGAUUUUUAUAAAACGGACAAUUUAAAUUAUAAAAAUUGUGAAACCAAAAACAAAUUAGUACCUCCAUUUUAUUAUAAAGGCAAUGGAAUAUGGUGCAAUCAUAAGAUAGACGAUUGUUGUUAUUUUUUUAAACUACCUCAUAAAGAUGGGCCAUUAAAAAACGUUGGAAAUCCAUUAUCUCUUAAUUUUACAAAAAUUAUGGCUAGUAAUUUCCUUUGCGGAAGUGAUGGAACGGCUAAAAAAGUUAUAGAUAUAAGCACAAAAAUCACAUAUUGGAGAAAUAACAGAGACCGUAUAAAAAAUCAAAUGGUGGUGUGGAUGAAUGAAAAUGAAUCAAAUUACCCAGAUCUCCUAAAUGAAGAUACGUCCGUAGGAAUAAUCAUUCCCAUGGUCGUUGUUGCUGGUACCGUGACAAGAAGAGCGGUUGAAAGAACGUGGUUAACGGCUUCUAAAGUAUCCGAAAAUAGAAUAGGUUCGGAAUUAAGAGCACUCGUUCAGGCUCCUUCUGGAUAUCAUAUUGUCGGUGCUGAUGUAGAUUCUCAGGAGCUUUGGAUAGCAGCGCUAUUAGGAGAUUCUACCUAUGCGAAGGUACACGGUUGCACUCCUUUAGGCUGGAUGACGCUACAGGGUACGAAAUCAAACGAGAGUGAUAUGCACAGUAGAACGGCCAAGGCAAUCGGAAUAUCUCGUGAUCAUGCCAAAAUAUUAAAUUAUGCUCGUAUUUACGGAGCUGGCGUUAAAUUUGCUCAAAAACUUUUACAACAGUUUAAUCCGUUACUCAAUGAAAGUGACGCACUGAAAAAAGCGACAAAAAUUUAUCAGUACACAAAAGGAGUUAAACGUUUUACCGUUAGACCGGAAAUAAGUAAAUUUUUCCAAGAAAGAUUCGGAUGCCUGGAAGUUAACGAUAUGGCAACGGCGUAUCAAAUAACAAAAAUAUUAAAUAAAAAAUUCGGUGAAAUAUUUUCGGGUAGUCAUUGGACACGAGGUACCGAAUCUCACAUGUUUAAUAAAUUAGAAAAAAUUGCUUCCGCUUUGGAGCCGAAAACUCCGUUUCUAUCUUGUCGCUUGUCCACCGCAUUAGAGCCUCACUAUUUAAACGAUGAUUAUCAUCUCAACACGAGAAUAAAUUGGGUGGUACAAAGUGGAGCCGUGGAUUUUCUUCAUUUAAUGCUAGUCUGCAUGAGAUGGUUGACGAAUGGUCAUGCUCGAUAUUGUUUUAGUUUCCACGACGAAAUCAGAUACCUUUUUCCGUCUGAACAAAAAUACAGCGGAGCUCUGGCUGUGCAUUUGACCAAUCUUUUCGUUAGAUCAUUCUGCUGCCACAGAUUGGGAAUAUACGACUUACCUCAAUCCGUUGCUUUUUUCUCAUCCGUGGAAGUAGAUACCAUUUUAAGAAAAGAAGCGAAAGAUGAUUGCAUCACUCCGUCAAAUCCACACGGCAUGGAAAAAGGUUAUGGAAUACCACCUGGAGAAUCAUUAAAUAUUUACGAAACAAUAAAAAAAUCUGGAGGAAGUCUAUCAGUUUUUUUUAAAAAAUCAGGUAGAGUUGAACCGUUUAAAUGUUGA